AACGUGCAAAACAUGCGUCACUUUGACUGAAGCACGCUCUUUGCUGAAUGAGUUUUGUGUGACCGGUUGGAAUUUAAGUCAAUUUCACGUGAAUUUAAUUCACGUUGUUCACGUGCCUGAUUUAAGUGCUAUAUUCUUGAUAUGAACCACUUGAUUUACUUUUGACUUGGGGAAGACAUGCCAUAAUUUUCUUCUACAUCAUAUUCAGUCGCAUCCCAUUGUGCGUGUGAGCGAGUGAGCACAGCUCGGUGGCCAUGGCGCUGCCGCCGUACCUGAUCCCGGGCAACCCGUGGGCGGCGGUGCUGGCGCAGCAGCAGGCGCAGCUGGCGCAGCACCAGCACCACGCCGCCCAGCAGCAGGCCCAGCUGGCCCAGCAGCAGGCGCAGGCCCAGCGGCAGGCGCAGCUCGACAAAAUCACAGAGGAGAAACUGCAGGAAAAGGCGCGCAAGUGGCAGCAGCUGCAGAGUAAGCGCUAUGCCGAGAAGCGUAAGUUCGGCUUCGUGGACGCGCAGAAGGAGGAGAUGCCUCCGGAGCACCUGCGGAAAAUCAUCCGCGACCACGGGGACAUGAGCAGCAGGAAGUACCGGCACGACAAGCGCGUCUACCUCGGUGCGCUCAAGUACAUGCCGCACGCGAUCCUGAAGCUGCUGGAGAACAUGCCGAUGCCGUGGGAGCAGAUCCGCGACUGCCGCGUCCUCUACCACAUCACCGGGGCCAUCACCUUCGUCGACGAGAUCCCCUGGGUCAUCGAGCCAGUGUACAUCGCCCAGUGGGGCACGAUGUGGAUCAUGAUGCGUCGCGAGAAGCGCGACCGUCGCCACUUCAAGCGGAUGCGUUUCCCGCCGUUCGACGACGAGGAGCCGCCGCUGGACUACGCCGAGAACGUCCUGGACGUGGAGCCUCUGGAGGCGAUCCAGAUCGAGCUGAGCGAGGAGGAGGACAGCGCCGUCAGCCAGUGGUUCUAUGACGGAAAGCCGCUCGUCGACACAAAGCACGUGAACGGCUCGACGUACCGUCGGUGGCAGCUGAGUCUGCCGCAGAUGGCCACCCUGUACCGGCUGGCCAAUCAGCUGCUCACAGACCUGGUCGACGACAACUACUUCUACCUCUUCGACCUCAAGUCCUUCUUCACCGCCAAGGCGCUCAACAUGGCCAUCCCGGGCGGACCCAAGUUCGAGCCGCUCAUCAAGGACACCAAUCUCGGUGACGAGGACUGGAACGAGUUCAACGACAUCAACAAGAUCAUCAUCCGUCAGCCGAUCCGGACCGAGUACCGCAUCGCCUUCCCCUACCUGUACAACAACAUGCCGCAGUUCGUCCACCUCUCGUGGUACCACACGCCGAACGUGGUGUUUAUCAAGACGGAGGACCCGGACCUGCCGGCCUUCUACUUUGACCCGCUGGUGAACCCCAUCUCUCACCGGCACGCCGUCAAGCACGAGGAGGACCUGCCGGAGGACGAGGAGGAGUUCGAGCUGCCCGACUACGUGCAGCCGUUCCUGCAGGACUCGCCGCUCUACUCGGACAACACGGCCAACGGCAUCGCGCUGCUCUGGGCGCCGCGCCCCUUCUGCCUGCGCUCGGGACGCACGCGCCGCGCCCUGGACGUGCCCAUCGUCAAGUCGUGGUACCGCGAACACUGCCCGGCCGGCCAGCCGGUGAAGGUACGCGUCAGCUACCAGAAGCUGCUCAAGUACUACGUGCUGAACGCGCUCAAGCACAAACCACCCAAGCCGCAGAAGAAGCGCUACCUGUUCCGCAGCUUCAAGGCCACCAAGUUCUUCCAGCUGACGUCGCUGGACUGGGUGGAGGCGGGCCUGCAGGUCUGCAGACAGGGCUACAACAUGCUCAACCUGCUGAUCCACCGCAAAAACCUCAACUACCUGCAUCUCGACUACAACUUCAACCUCAAGCCUGUCAAGACGCUCACUACCAAGGAGCGAAAGAAGAGCAGGUUCGGAAACGCGUUCCAUCUGUGCCGUGAGAUCCUGCGGCUCACCAAGCUGAUCGUGGACGCGCACGUGCAGUACCGGCUCAACAACGUGGACGCCUUCCAGCUGGCCGACGGCCUGCAGUACAUCUUCGCGCACGUCGGUCAGCUCACGGGCAUGUACCGCUACAAGUACAAGCUGAUGAAGCAGAUCCGCAUGUGCAAGGACCUCAAGCACCUCAUCUACUACCGCUUCAACACGGGUCCGGUGGGCAAGGGUCCCGGGUGCGGCGUGUGGGCGCCCGGCUGGCGCGUCUGGCUCUUCUUCCUGCGCGGCAUCACGCCCCUGCUGGAGCGCUGGCUGGGCAACCUGCUCAGCAGGCAGUUCGAGGGACGACACUCCAAGGGAGUGGCCAAGACGGUGACGAAGCAGCGCGUCGAGUCCCACUUUGACCUGGAGCUGCGUGCCUCCGUGAUGCACGACAUCCUGGACAUGAUGCCCGAGGGCAUCAAGCAGAACAAGGCGCGCACCAUCCUGCAGCACCUGAGCGAGGCGUGGCGCUGCUGGAAGGCCAACAUCCCCUGGAAAGUGCCUGGCCUGCCGACGCCGGUCGAGAACAUGAUCCUGCGGUACGUGAAGAUGAAGGCCGACUGGUGGACGAACACGGCGCACUACAACCGCGAGCGGAUCCGGCGCGGCGCCACCGUCGACAAGACCGUCUGCAAGAAGAACCUGGGCCGCCUGACGCGACUGUACCUGAAGGCCGAACAGGAGAGGCAGCACAACUACCUCAAGGACGGUCCGUACAUCUCGCCCGAGGAGGCGGUGGCCAUCUACACAACCACCGUGCACUGGCUCGAGUCGCGCCGGUUCGCGCCCAUCCCGUUCCCGCCGCUCAGCUACAAGCACGACACCAAGCUGCUGAUCCUGGCGCUGGAGCGACUCAAGGAGGCCUACAGCGUCAAGUCGCGCCUGAACCAGUCGCAGCGCGAGGAGCUGGGCCUGAUCGAGCAGGCCUACGACAACCCGCACGAGGCGCUGUCGCGCAUCAAACGUCACCUGCUGACCCAGCGCGCCUUCAAGGAGAUCGGUAUCGAGUUCAUGGACCUGUACAGCCACCUGGUGCCCGUGUACCACGAUGUGGAGCCGCUGGAGAAAAUCACGGACGCCUACCUGGACCAGUAUCUGUGGUACGAGGCCGACAAGCGCCGCCUCUUCCCGCCCUGGAUCAAACCGGCCGACACCGAGCCGCCGCCACUUCUCGUCUACAAGUGGUGCCAAGGCGUGAACAACCUGCAGGACGUGUGGGACACGGCCGAGGGAGAGUGCAACGUCAUGCUCGAGUCCAAGUUCAACAAGCUCUACGAGAAGAUCGACCUGACGCUGCUGAACCGGCUGCUGCGGCUCAUCGUCGACCACAACAUCGCCGACUACAUGACGGCCAAGAACAACGUCCUCAUCAACUACAAGGACAUGAACCACACGAACUCGUACGGCAUCAUCCGCGGCCUGCAGUUCGCCUCGUUCAUCGUGCAGUACUACGGUCUGGUGCUGGACCUGCUGGUGCUGGGUCUGCAGCGCGCCUCCGAGAUGGCCGGCCCGCCGCAGCUGCCCAACGACUUCCUCAGCUACCAGGACACGGUGACCGAGGUGGCCCACCCCAUCCGGCUCUACUGCCGCUACGUCGACCGCAUCCACAUCUUCUUCCGCUUCACCGCCGAGGAGGCGCGCGACCUCAUCCAGAGGUACCUGACCGAGCACCCUGACCCCAACAACGAGAACAUCGUGGGCUACAACAACAAAAAGUGCUGGCCGCGUGACUCCCGGAUGCGUCUGAUGAAGCACGACGUGAAUCUGGGCCGCGCCGUGUUCUGGGACAUAAAGUCGCGGCUGCCGCGCUCCGUCACCACCAUCCACUGGGAGGACAGCUUCGUCAGCGUCUACAGCAAGGACAACCCCAACCAGCUCUUCAACAUGGCCGGCUUCGAGUGCCGCAUCCUGCCCAAGUGCCGGACCACCAACGAGGAGCUGAAGCACCGCGACGGCGUGUGGAACCUGCAGCACGAGCUGACCAAGGAGCGCACGGCCCAGUGCUUCCUGCGCGUCGACGACGAGUCGAUGCAGCGCUUCCACAACCGCGUCCGACAGAUCCUCAUGGCGUCCGGAUCGACCACGUUCACCAAGAUCGUGAACAAGUGGAACACGGCGCUGAUCGGCCUGAUGACCUACUUCCGCGAGGCGGUGGUCAACACCCAGGAGCUGCUCGACCUGCUGGUCAAGUGCGAGAACAAGAUCCAGACGCGCAUCAAGAUCGGCCUCAACUCCAAGAUGCCCUCCCGGUUCCCGCCGGUGGUGUUCUACACGCCCAAGGAGCUGGGCGGCCUGGGCAUGCUCAGCAUGGGCCACGUGCUGAUCCCGCAGUCGGACCUGCGCUGGUCCAAACAGACGGACGUCGGCAUCACCCACUUCCGCUCGGGCAUGUCGCACGACGAGGACCAGCUGAUCCCCAACCUGUACCGCUACGUGCAGCCCUGGGAGUCCGAGUUCAUCGACUCGCAGCGCGUCUGGGCCGAGUACGCGCUCAAACGCCAGGAGGCCAACGCACAGAAUCGGCGGCUCACGCUCGAGGACCUGGAGGACUCGUGGGACCGCGGCAUCCCGCGCAUCAACACCCUCUUCCAGAAGGACCGGCACACGCUGGCCUACGACAAGGGCUGGCGCGUACGCACCGAGUUCAAGAUGUACCAGGUGCUGAAGCAGAACCCGUUCUGGUGGACGCACCAGCGCCACGACGGCAAGCUGUGGAACCUCAACAACUACCGCACAGACAUGAUCCAGGCCCUGGGCGGCGUGGAGGGUAUCCUGGAGCACACGCUCUUCAAGGGCACCUACUUCCCCACGUGGGAGGGCCUCUUCUGGGAGAAGGCCAGCGGCUUCGAGGAGUCGAUGAAGUACAAGAAGCUGACGAUGGCGCAGCGCUCCGGUCUCAACCAGAUCCCCAACCGGCGCUUCACGCUCUGGUGGUCGCCCACCAUCAACCGCGCCAACGUCUACGUCGGCUUCCAGGUGCAGCUCGACCUGACGGGCAUCUUCAUGCACGGCAAGAUCCCCACGCUGAAGAUCUCGCUGAUCCAGAUCUUCCGCGCCCAUCUGUGGCAGAAGGUGCACGAGUCGGUGGUGAUGGACCUGUGCCAGGUGUUCGACCAGGAGCUGGACGCCCUGGAGAUCGAGACCGUCCAGAAGGAGACCAUCCACCCGCGCAAGUCGUACAAGAUGAACUCGUCGUGCGCCGACAUGCUACUGUUCGCCGCCUACAAGUGGAACGUGUCGCGCCCGUCGCUGCUGGCCGACAGCAAGGACACCAUGGACAACACGACCACGCAAAAGUACUGGAUCGACGUGCAGCUGCGCUGGGGCGACUACGACUCGCACGACAUCGAGCGGUACGCGCGCGCCAAGUUCCUCGACUACACCACCGACAACAUGUCCAUCUACCCGUCCCCGACCGGGCUGCUGAUCGCCAUCGACCUGGCCUACAACCUGCACAGCGCCUACGGCAACUGGUUCCCGGGCAGCAAGCCGCUCAUCCAGCAGGCCAUGGCCAAGAUCAUGAAGGCCAACCCGGCUCUGUACGUGCUGCGCGAGCGGAUCAGGAAGGGCCUCCAGCUGUACAGUUCGGAGCCCACCGAACCCUACCUGAGCUCGCAGAACUACGGCGAGCUCUUCAGCAACCAGAUCAUCUGGUUCGUGGACGACACGAACGUGUACCGCGUCACCAUCCACAAGACGUUCGAGGGCAACCUGACCACCAAGCCCAUCAACGGCGCCAUCUUCAUCUUCAACCCGCGCACCGGCCAGCUCUUCCUCAAGAUCAUCCACACCUCCGUCUGGGCGGGUCAGAAGCGUCUGGGCCAGCUGGCCAAGUGGAAGACCGCCGAGGAGGUGGCCGCGCUCAUUCGCUCGCUGCCCGUCGAGGAGCAGCCCAAACAGAUCAUCGUCACCAGGAAGGGCAUGCUGGACCCGCUCGAGGUGCAUCUGCUCGACUUCCCCAAUAUCGUCAUCAAGGGCUCGGAGCUGCAGCUGCCCUUCCAGGCCUGCCUCAAGGUGGAGAAGUUCGGCGACCUGAUCCUCAAGGCCACCGAGCCGCAGAUGGUGCUCUUCAACCUGUACGACGACUGGCUCAAGACCAUCAGCUCGUACACGGCCUUCUCGCGUCUGAUCCUGAUCCUGCGCGCGCUGCACGUCAACAACGAUCGCACCAAGGUGAUCCUCAAACCGGACAAGACCACCAUCACCGAGCCGCACCACAUCUGGCCCAGCCUCUCCGACGACGAGUGGGUCAAGGUGGAGGUGCAGCUCAAGGACCUCAUCCUGGCCGACUACGGAAAGAAGAACAACGUCAACGUGGCGUCGCUGACGCAGUCGGAGAUCCGCGACAUCAUCCUGGGCAUGGAGAUCAGCGCGCCGUCCCAGCAGCGGCAGCAGAUCGCCGAGAUCGAGAAGCAGACCAAGGAGCAGAGCCAGCUGACCGCCACCACCACGCGCACGGUCAACAAGCACGGCGACGAGAUCAUCACCAGCACCACCUCCAACUACGAGUCCAACACGUUCAACUCCAAGACGGAGUGGCGCGUGCGGGCCAUCUCGGCCACCAAUCUGCACCUGCGCACCAACCAUAUCUACGUCAGCUCGGACGACAUCAAGGAGGCCGGCUACACCUACAUCCUGCCCAAGAACAUCCUCAAGAAGUUCAUCGUCAUCUCUGACCUGCGCGCCCAGAUUGCCGGCUACCUGUACGGCGUGUCGCCGUCGGACAACCCUCAGGUGAAGGAGAUCCGCUGUAUCGUCAUGGCGCCGCAGUGGGGCACCCACCAGACGGUGCACCUGCCGUCGGCGCUGCCGCAGCACGAGUACCUCAAGGACAUGGAGCCGCUCGGCUGGAUGCACACGCAGCCCAACGAGCUGCCGCAGCUCAGCCCGCAGGACAUCACCACGCACGCCAAGGUGAUGUCGGAACACUCGAGCUGGGACGGCGAGAAGACGGUGGUGAUCACGUGCAGCUUCACGCCCGGCUCGUGCUCGCUGACCGCCUACAAGCUGACGCCGAGCGGCUUCGAGUGGGGCCGCCAGAACACGGACCGCGGCAACAACCCCAAGGGCUACCUGCCCUCACACUACGAGCGCGUCCAGAUGCUGCUCUCCGACCGCUUCCUCGGCUUCUUCAUGGUGCCGGCGCAGGGCAGCUGGAACUACAACUUCAUGGGCGUGCGCCACGACCCGAGCAUGAAGUACGAGCUGACGCUGGCCAACCCGAAGGAGUUCUACCACGAGGUGCACCGGCCGUCGCACUUCCUCAACUUCGCCUCUCUGGAGGAGGGCGAGACGGCAGGCGCCGACCGCGAGGACGUGUACGCCUGAGCGGGCGCUCCGUCCCACCGCGGUGCGCGCGGAACUGUGUGUGCGGUCGGGGCGGCGUCUGCCGGCGUCAGAGGGAGGCCGGACCGCCAGUGGACCCGAGCGGCGCCGCACUGCUGUGAGCUGGUAUGUGACUGUGAGACGGUGUGACUGUGGUGUCCGAUCGACUGUGACUGUGAGGCGCGGUCCGGCUCUGCAGACACGCGAUCGGAGCGUCCCGGUGCUAUGGUGUGUGUCUGUGUGCCCGAUAUCACUCCCGUCGGUCCCGGGGUGACCGGACUGGAGCUGUCUAGAAUGACGAGUCUCUCACUUUCCCGAGACCAGCCGUGCGGCCGCCGCCGGCUCUCAUCACUUCACAGAAGUAUGUGGCGUUUUUGUCGCUUUUCAGGAGAGAGACAGAUAAGCUGAAUACAUCGUCGUACAGACCAUAUUUUA